AUGGAAGAGGCACGUGAUUUUUCUCAUGUUGGUUAAAAGAUACUAACCAUCGAUAAGUUAUGUUAUAAGAAGUGUCUGAAGAAUUAUGAGAGAGCCAUGAACGUUAAAGAGGAAGCCUGCUUGAAAAAUUGUUUAGCCAAGGUAAUCAAUGGAAUAGACUUUCUGCAUAGUAUCAACAACAAAGGAGGUUUGGAUAGAGCACCAUUUAAAACUGAAAGUGGAUUCUGGUCAAAGUGA